AUGCCUUGGAGACAAGCCCCUGUCGUCGACUUUGAACAGCAGCCCGAGUACCAGUGGCCGUUCUGGAAUGUCGGCUGUCGCGAAGCGGACCUGUUCGGCGAGCUGCACCAGCGCUUCAACGAGGUCCCGAAUCCCACCUUCAUUCAGGACCCGGACGCCUUCCAUGCCGAUGUCUUUGAGCUUGCACGCGACUCUGCCAACAAGGACGAAUUCAUUGCCCGCCUGCAAGAGAGGAGAGACCUACGGCUCAAGGAACUCGACGAUUUUCGCAGGAAGAUCUAUAUCCUUCUCCGCAGCGGCUUCACCAGCCUGGACGAUAACCAGGUGUGCCGCUUGAUGCAUAUGAACCUCUUUGCAACUCUCGACUCAAUUGUUGCUUUGUACGCGUCUCUUCUUGCGCCAAAUGAAUAUGGCGAGCAGCCGUCGUUGGAUGAAUUCCUGCCAUCCGACGAACGGCGCCGUCGCCGAGAGAACCGUCUCCAGGCUUGUGACCCCCAGUCCAAGCCCGCGCCUUCUCCUGCCGACGCGACGGAUCCUGCCAGCACCAGCCAAUCCAAGAUGCCGACCCCCCCCCACCUAUGGGCAGCCAGCCCAAGGCAACGGGAAGCGCAAGGCCUCAGAGUGUAG